CGAGGUUUCCAAUUGCUCACUCAUUUGAGUCGAACUCAUACCAUUGAAACGAGCAUCAAACACGUAUCGAACACCCAAAAUACAACAACAGCUACAACUAAAAAAACAGCUGUUCAAAAGUCAGUGGCGCUAAGUAAGCAACGGUCGGACGGAGAAAAUAUUUUGUGUAUAUAAAAGAGAACGGGAACAUAAUAUAUAAAUUUAGUGCACAAUUAUGCGACUGAGUAGACAUUAGAUUGCCCAUUAAAAUGUAGCAUUGAAUGUUUGAAAUCUUCUAAGAUGAACGCUCAUAUAAUUUCGUGCGUGUAUGUGUGACCCAGCAGCAGUGCGUUUGUAUCUAUUAUGUGCGUGUGUGUGUGUAUUGAAAUUUCGUGAAUCUGAACUCGCAACGCGCGAAUAGCUAACUAACUGUGAGGUAUUUGCUAUAAGAUACAUGUACACAGCCACUUUGCCAGCCGUAGGGGGUAAUUAUUUAAACAAGGCAAAGCUGUUGCAAAAUGUUUCAAAUUGUGGCAAUGGCAACAGAACUGCAGCAGCCUGAACUGCAUUUGGGAUGUUGUGUGAAAAAUCGAUUGGUCAACGAUGCCGACAGGCGAGACGAGAACAUUGUGCACUUGCAAAUUUAGCCAAAGGUGGUCAAAGUUACGCAGUUAGCAAAAUAAUUAAUUGCUAGACACGCAUAGGUGGCAACAUGUCGAAGAUGAGAGGUCGCAUAUUGAUCCCGCUGCCUAAUACGGGGGCUAUGGGACGCAAACGCAACAAUUUUUAUAUGCGCAGCAUAUUCAUACUGGCGCUACUCCUCUUUGGGCUGCUGCAGUAUCACAGCUUCAAUUAUUUGGAUAGUCGCGAUACUAUGCUGGGUGAGGCGGUGACAAAUGAUUCAGUGGAUGCCAUAUUGUCCAUGGUGCCGGCUACGCUGCACAAAUAUCUAACGCCACAUUCACGCAACCAAAGCUCAGGCUCAGCGCUGCUUUUGAACGCUAGCGCGGCGGCGUUGGCUGGUGCUGGGCUGAAUAGCGCCACAACCAUUAGUUUUGGCAUCUAUCGACCGCCUAAUAUAACGGAAAUUCGGCGACAGAUUGUUAAAUACAACGAAAUGCAGAUGGUGCUUAACGAAGACACUUUCGGUCCACUGCAAAACGAUUCUGUGAUAAUUGUCAUACAGGUGCAUACGCGUAUUAGUUACCUACGCCACUUGAUUGUCAGUCUGGCGCAGGCGCGUGAUAUAUCCAAAUCGUUGUUGGUAUUCUCGCAUGAUUAUUACGACGAUGACAUCAACGAUCUGGUGCAGCAGAUCGACUUCUGCAAGGUGCUACAGAUAUUUUAUCCGUAUUCUAUACAAACGCAUCCAAAUGAAUAUCCCGGCGUGGAUCCCAAUGACUGCCCUAGAAACAUUAAAAAAGAACAAGCUAUUAUAAGCAGCUGUAAUAAUGCACUAUAUCCGGAUCUAUAUGGCCACUAUAGAGAGGCCAAGUUUACGCAAACCAAGCAUCAUUGGUGGUGGAAGGCAAAUCGUGUAUUUAAUGAGCUUGAAGUUACUCGCUUUCAUACAGGCCCAGUGCUGUUUCUGGAGGAGGAUCACUAUGUGGCCGAGGACUUUCUUUAUCUGCUGGCCAUGAUGCAGCAGCGCACACAAGACUUGUGCCCACAGUGCAACAUCUUAUCGUUGGGCACCUAUCUGAAGACAUUCAACUACUACACUUAUCACAGCAAGACUAACAAAAAAUCGUAUGCUUCCUCGCUGAUCUCGUCAAACAGCGUAUUAGGAACGAGUAGACAGCAUAGUCUAAGCUCAUCAUCAGCGCAAUCAUCAAGCACUUCAUUAAAGAAUCUUAAAGUCUAUGUGGGCGACACCGCUGAUGCAUAUGCAGCUGACAGCCACAAGAACAGCAACAAUAAUGACAACAACAACAACAACAACAAUAAGAAUAAAAGAAAUAAUAUAAACACAAUCACUGCUACAGCCGCCACAUCCAACUUUAACAAUAAUAAUAAUUAUAAUAACGACAACAGCAACAAUAAUAAUAAAAAUACAAAUGGUGCACAAACAUGGAACUAUCAUGUCCUGCCGUCAUUAUAUUCCGUCUAUCAGAAGGUGGAGGCCAUGCCCUGGAUAAGCAGCAAGCACAAUAUGGGCUUCGCCUUCAAUCGUACCACGUGGAUGAGCAUACGACGCUGUGCCAGACACUUUUGCUCGUACGAUGACUACAAUUGGGACUGGUCCUUGCAGCAUGUGUCUCAGCAGUGCUUGCAGCGCAAGUUGCAUGCCAUGAUUGUCAAAGGACCGCGCGUCUUCCACAUAGGGGAGUGCGGUGUGCAUCAUAAGAAUAAAAACUGUGAAUCUAAUCAGGUCAUCUCAAAGGUGCAGCAUGUGCUGCGCAUUGCACGUAAAUCUCAUCAGCUCUUUCCACGCUCGCUGGUCAUGGCCGUGCCCAGUUUGAUGAAGAAAUCAAAGCUGCGCAAGGGCAACGGCGGCUGGGGUGAUCUGCGUGAUCAUGAGCUUUGCCUCAAUAUGACGCUGCCAACCAGAUAAGCCUAGAGAAACUCAAAGAGAGAGAGAGAGAGAGAGAUUACCAAAAAUUUACCAUAGCAGCAGCCAAAUAAGGAGGCUUAGUUUAAAUUCUAAACCUAAUCUAAUAGUUUGUAGUACAGCAUCUUUUUAACUUAUAGCCAUAAAAUUAUGAAAAAGAAAACGUACUGCUAAAUUGUAAACAAACAUAGGCGACUAACCGAAACUCGAUAAUAACUUUAUCUAGUGCAGUUAAACUAUAUUAUGGGACACUUUUAUAUACAGUGUUUAUAUAAAUAUCACUGCGAGCUCUAGUCAGACUUGUAUAAACAACAACAACAACAUGCCAUGUUCUUAAUAAGGACAAACGUAAAAAUUUCACAUUGUGCCGUUUAGUUUUGCUUUCAAAUUAAUUGUAUGUAUUUCUUUAGGUUCCGUCCAAAAUUAAUCAAUUUGGCUACUGAAUGCGUUCAUUCUGACUAUGCUAUGCUAUAAACUAACGAUCCCUUUAUACUUGUUGCUAGGCCGUAUUAGAGAAUCGCAUAAACUAGUCAUAACCACACAUAAACUACAUACAAUACAUUAUAUAAAUAUUUAUAUAUUUAACGUGCAUGGCUUCGAAGAGUGAAUUGUACCAAUGAAUACGCAUAAUAUGAUAAACAUUACGCAAGAUAGGGCAGAACGAAAUCUCUUUAAUAACUGAUACUAUACUCUAAGCAUGUAAAUAGUAAACAUUUGUUUCAUAGUUUUUCAUACAUGUAUAACUCUGUAUGU